UCUUAUACAGGAACACGCACGAUUUAAAAAGAAAGAAUCGUUUUUGUCACGUCGUACUGAAUAGAGCGGAGUCGAACAGAUAGUAUUCGUGGUGAUUAAAAAAAGCGCUUCACGCCGGAUUUAUAAAAUAAAGGCAGGCGGUUUCCCGGAUGUUGUGGUAAACUAAGGCCUGGGUCUUCUACUAAACACGUGUAUAACAUCUCUGCGCGCUUUUAGGAGGCUGAAAGUGUGUCUGGGUGAGCAGAAGUCAUGUUCGGCUCGUCGAGAUCUGGAGGGGAGGGGGGUCAAGACCAGUUCAACUGGGACGAUGUGAAAGUGGACAAACACAGAGAGAACUAUUUGGGGAAUUCUCUCAUGGCUCCGGUUGGCCGGUGGCAGAAAGGGAAGGAUUUGUCAUGGUACGCCAAAGAUAAGAAGGGCGGCGUGCCUCUGUCUAAAGAGCAGGAGAUGGCAGCGGUACGUGAGGCCGAGCACGAGGCCAUGCUAGCAGCACUCGGUCACAAAACAAUCAAGAGACAACCGACUGGUCUUACCAAAGAGGAUCUCGCUGAUGUGUGCCGGAGGGAAGGGGAGGCGGAUGAACGGGACGUGGACCGGGUCUCCGGGCUCGGGAGCUCCAGGGCUGGACAGAGAGGAGUGGUGCUUUCCAAGCAAGAAAAAGAAGCAGUAAAAAUGGGUUUGCCGGUGUUCACGCAUCACAAAGCUGACAGACCACAAGAAGCCAGUAAGAAUCCCGAGGAGGCCGACAGAGCCGAUAAAGAGGAUAAAAGAUCUGACCGAAAAAAGAAGAGCAAAAAGGAGAAGAAAAGUAAGAAGGAGAAGAAGAAAAAAGAGAAAAGCAAACACAGAAGCAGAAGUGACUCUUCAGGUUCAGACUCUGAAAGCUGCAGUAAAAGGCGGAGAAAAGAUCCCCGGGACCACCACGGUCCUAAUCCAUCAAGGAGCAGUCAGAGUGGAGCCGGAGCCCGUGACAGCCAUUCAGGAGGGGGGCCAAAGGCUGACCACAGGCCCCUGACCCCCACUCAGCAGCACCGCCGCCGCCGGCACGACACAGACUCGUCCUCCGACGGCCCCCGCGCUGGUCGAGGCUCUGCGGCACAAAGCUACCGGCGGCGCCAUGAUAGCAGCUCAGACGACUGAUGCCCCGCUUUCGCCCCUUUAACCACACCUCCUCACACAGAGAAUGGAUCCGAUUGGCCUCUUUGUCAAACUCUGGAGAACUUAGGCCACAAGACAGCAUAUCCUUUUAAAGGCUGAAUCUCAGGAAAUCUGUCCAGAACAUGUCUUGGGUCACAUUUCCGCAAAUUUUGGUUCAAGAAAAUGCAGCUUGUUUUAGGCUAUUAAAAUUGACCAUCAAAAUUUUUGGCAUCAUUUUCCCCCAAAAUACUAAAAUACAAAUGAUUAAUACACUGUUUGUUGUACGGAAUUAGAUUUAAAUUUUAAUAAAAAAAAUUAAUCAAAAUUUGGAAUGCCAAAAAACUUACAAUUUGAAUUGUGGGGUAAAAUUAAGAAAAAUGUCAUGAAAAUAAAAUCACAAUGCAAAAAAUGUCGAUAGUCCUAAAUAUAGGCUUUAAAAUCUCAUUUCUUGUUUUGUUUUUUUUCUUUGAUUUUGAGGUGAAACGUAACCUGGACAUGUUUUGCUCUUCGAUGCAUUAAGGGAAAACAGCAGACAUGAUCACUUUUUAUUCUUGUAUAUGUUUAAUUAAAUAAACCAUGUUUUUACGACAUGACGUCAUCGAAUCAUCAGUGCACCUCAAACUUUUUUAAAAAUGAUACUAUUAUCAUCUGUGUGUAAACUAUAAAAACGUGAAUUUGUGAAAGCGGUGAUGUCAUGCGCAUACAUAUUACAUGUUUGCGUCAUGUUUAUUUACAGAGUGACAUCGCCACCUACUGGCCCGGCAUGCAUAAUAAUGCGUUUUUAGUCAAUUCGCAGAUCUGUGUGAACAGGGUUAUUUUGAUGGCAUCGUCUGUAUCCAAAAAAAAAAAAAAAAACCAUAAAGGAAUAACUUUUUUUUAGCAUGUUGUGAUUACAGCAGACUAAUGCGGAUUUCUGAGUACAUUACAUUUAUCUUGUAAGAGUGAACUUUACUGUCAGAAUAAUUAGCGUCAUGUGUCCAGCCCUCUCAAAGCGUGAGUGCAUUUCCUUCAGUAACUGUACUUUUUAAGGUUACAUAUUAGGAAAUUUGUCCAAAACAUGUCUUCAUGACAAUAAAGCUUUUUUUAGGCUAUUAAAAUUGACCAUCAAACUUUUUGACAUCAUUCCCUUCAAAAUUACUCAAAUAAAAUGAUUGAUAAGUAAUCUUUUGUACAACUGUGCUUUAAUUUGUGCUAAUUCUGAUUUUAGAAAUCAAUCUUUUAUUACAGCAAUCAGAAAAUUUGGAAUUACAAAAAACUAUAUAAUGAAGCUUUGCAGUAAAAUUUGUCAUGAAAAAAUCACAAUGCAAAAACUGUUAAUAGUUCUAAAUACAGGCUUUAAAAUCUAAUGUCUUUUUUCCUUUUGAUUUUAAAGUGAAAUGUAACCUUAGACACGUCUUGGUCUUCGAUGCAUGGGGAGAAAACAUCGUAAAUAUGACCUGAUUAUAGCAGACACGGUCAUUUUUUAUUCUUGUAUGUUUAGUGAAAUAAACCAUGCUUUUACAGUGUGGUGUUGUCGAAUCUCCAAUGCACCUCAACACCGCAAUCUUUCAAAUAUGGUUUCCUCAAUCUGUUUGGUUCUUAUUUUGAGUGUUGAAUGUACUCCUGUGGCUAUAAUAGAGCGGAGUGUUUGCGUUUGCAUUGAGUUCGCUGUGAAAGGCGGCGUUGUGUUGUCUGGCACCUAGGGCCGUGCGAGAAAAGAGCAAAGCGCAGACAAAAGACAAGUGCAAAAAUCCAGACCCAGGGAAGCCCGAGUGCCACACACACACCCCAAUCUGCUGGAGCAGCAGGAGCGGGCUGAACAAAAGCCACCCUGUAAGAGAGCAGCACCCUCCUUUUCCCACCAUCACGCCCUCCCUGCCAUGUAUUACUGGCUCGGCUGCAUCAUCCAUGGCAGCCUAAUCGGGCCAAAGGAACGUUGUCUUUGUGAAUGGAUCAUUUUGGUAAUGUUGUCAUCUGUACGUACAAUAUGUAAAGAAAAUGUUUUUUUUAGCACAUCGUGUAAACAUAAUGCACAUCUAUGACAUAUUUUUGUCCUGUUCAAUGCUAUGGUUAUCAGGAUGUCAUUCAUUGCAGUUUUGAGCGUGAGCGAGAGUUUGGUGACCCCUGCAAUAGAGUGUUAACUUUCUAGACUAGAGGCUGUAGUAUAUACAUUCAGAAUUAAUAAUUUGUGAAUUUAUAGGGUAAGACGUUCCCCUUUCAGUUUAUAAUUUAUUUCAUAGAUUGCUCAAAAUCUCAACAUAUUUGAUGGCCAUUUUAUCUGAAUAGCAUCAGUUGUGAGAAAAUACUGAUCCAUGGCAUAUUACGAAUAGGAAAGUUUUAUUGUCUUUUUUGUUUGUUUUUAGAUUUGUAAAAUGUAUAGUUUGUAUUUUUAAGGGGAAAAAGGUGAAGUUAGACCUUUGGCGUAAGAUGGGCCACCAGAAUUGGCACAAACACCAGAGUGACAUGUUAUUAAUAUUACUAGAUUAUUAUUAUUUUUUAAAUACUUACUGUAAUUCACCGGUUAUUAUUCAGUAAUCCCAUGAUUUAGAUGUACAUUUCAGACUUUUUCUACAGUGAAAUCAUUCCAUUUGAAUUCAUAGUUAAAAUAUAGGCAAUUACAUACUAUCUAAACAUUCGUAUUCCUGUGAAGAAUAGUCAUAGAAAGACAUGUUUGUGAUUGGCUACAUUGCUCAACGCUGCAAAAACAUGUUGUAAAUGGAAAACCGUUGACGUUUAUGAGAGAUACUCAUGAGAAAGCAGCAAGUUGGUACCAGUAUACUACGGUACAUAAAGGAUGUUAUCGUCACACUUCCAAGUAAAUAAACUGGAUUUUCUGGAAUGAAAAAAAAAAGCCAUUUUUAAGCCACUAAUAACUGUAAUUUAUGACAAAUUUUACAUUAUGCAAUUUUGUUGUGGUACAGAAUUGUUCAUUUUCUCAUAGUUUGUCAUGUUGCAGGCUUUUUUUUGUGUGUUUUUCUUUUUUUUGUCCGAAGAGUGUAAAAGUGAUAAAACAAUUUCAACUAAACUACACAACCCUACAUACAAAAGCAAGUUUCAGAAGGUACUUAGGUUUCAAUUUAGCUUUAGUAGACCCUAAAAAGAGAAAUUACAACUUUAUUAUAAGGUUUUGGACUGAGGAUGAUCAUUUUUUUAAACUAAUGUAAAUUCUAAUGUUUAACCAUCAUGUUAAUUUAUUUGUUUGAGUUAUAAGCUAACUUGUUCAAUUAUUUAAGCCAAUGCAGUCAAGAUUGAUUUCAGAGCUGCUUCAGAAUAACAAGAGGGCAACAGUAAGUCCAGUUAUACCAUCUUUAAUUACAGUGCAUUUCUGUCAAAAUGUAAAAAAACAUAGGUUAAGAGUCACACUAUAAAACAAUUUGCUAAGAGAUUCACAUCAUUUUAACACAAAGUAAUCAGUGUCUACCAAAUUAGAGGCUAAUUGGGAAAGAGAGAGAAAAAGAUAAAUAAUAAAGUCACUUUUAAACCACCAUCCCUAAAAUUGACCAGGAAGUUUGUUAAUCUGAAACGCAAGUCUGUUUACCGUAAAGGCACCACAGAUAGUUUUGGUGUGAAAAAUAACUUAUGCAUGCACAACAGUCCAAAAUAUGAAAUAGAAAGUAACACUUAAACAGUGCGUCAAAACAACAUGGAUGCAUGUAAAACCAAUGUUUCAGUCACCCAAAAAUAAAAUAAAUGCAUUAUUUUGCAUAUAGAAAUAUUUUUUAAAUAUGCCUAUUUUUGUAAAACAAUUCCAUUUAAAUUGUCACAUUGUUUUCAUGAAACAGUACCCUUAAAAAU